AUGGAAGUUAUUAAGUCCAACAAAGGUGGGAACAAAUUUUGUUGGAGAGGAUAUAAAUAUAUAAUGAAACAUCAAGCACGUAAACGAUUAACGUGGAGAUGCACAAAAGAACGUUCAUUUAAAUGUCGCGGAACAAUGUACACGGACUUACAGAUUGGACAUCCUCAAAUUGGAAAAGUCCAUAGUCAUAUAGCUGAUAAACACGAGGUAAACUUUUUUAAUUAUUCGAAUAAUCCUCGAGUAUGGAUCGGUCGUUUGGUUUCCAUAUCUGGCCUGUGA